GGGGACGAGCGUAUAGGUUUUGCGCGCCAAUUGAAGGGUUUUUAGUGAGUUCUGUGAUGUGCUCUAAUAUUUUACCGCAUGCUAAAUAACUAAAAGUCAUAACGGAGUUUCGUAAUAGCUACUAACUCGAGCAAAAACAAAACGGCUAGAGAAUUGAGCACGAUUUAAGAAAGUGAAAUUGCACCAGUUUGAAGAAAUUUCGUUAGAGAUUCAAAUGCAUGCUUCAAGCAUUAAAAAAGCAUCGCUUACAGCUCUUCAUCACUGUCUACGCAUGUGUUAAACUCUUUGCCUAAAUCCACACACACACAUCCACAACAACAACAAGGCACUAUCAAUUAUCACCCUGAACUAGGAGCCGAUCGCCAAUCGUCUCACUACCGGUGGUAUAUAAACGCCAACCCCCAGCCAAGGUGCAUCAUUCAGCAUACAGUUCCAGUGCCAGUGUCAGUGCUAGUGACAUACAAAACCCUAAAGGAUAUAACCCACAAACACCACACAAAUAUCUAUCAUCAUGCAGAAGAAUACAAUUUGGCAUGCCGCUGUGCUGCUUGUGCUCUACCUCACCCUCGUCUUUUGCGAAGAAACGGAGGAAGUUGCUGACACUCCGGCCGCUUUGGAUAACCAAACGGACAGCUGGGAGAACCUGGGCCGCGAACUGAUGGAAUUCGAGGGACGCACCCGUCGGCAUCGUCACCACAUGUUUUAUCGUCAUCUGUGGCCCCUGGCCAUUGCCUACUUUGUCAAGGUGAAAGUGGUGAUCGUUUCGUUCUUCGUUGGAAGCGCCAUCUACUUGGGUCUGCGCUACUUCUGGCCCCAUGCCAAAUGCAACCAGGAGAUCAUCCUGGAUCAUCCUCCUGCAUCGUACAGUCAUCACGAUCACAUUCCCUACUCCCUCGAUCACGAUCAUUCGGAUCACUACGAUGCGCCGACAUCCUUUGACUCCAGCUCUGGACCCAGCUUCGAGCCCUACUCCGGCUAUAGCAGCUACGCCGCUUCAGACAUAGUCUCUGAUGUCCAUGGCGACUAUCACAGUGAUGCUCCAACGGCUCCUUCCGAUGUGCAUCGUCGUGGCAGGCGCAGUGCCGAUGAGCAGCCAGAGAUCGAGAUCGAGGAUGAUGAGCAGGAGCAGGAACAGGUCGAGAUUGUGGACGAGGAGAUAUCCGAGAGUGUGGCCCGUCAAAUGCCCGCCGAAGAGCAGAUUGCGGACUUUAUGUUUGCCUUCUUGGGCCUCGACUCGAAGGCCUGCCGCCGUCGCUUCGUCUGCGAAAUGGAGUUCCGCUCCAAGCUGAACCCCCUGACCAGCAUGGCCUUCCGCAUUGUGGGACGCGGCUUCUUCGAGAAGUACACAAACUCGCGCAAUCCCCAGGCCAGGGCCAAUCGCUUCAGCGAAUGUGCCGCCGUGAAUCCCGAGUGCAUAUUCGUCGAGAAUGGCGAGACAACAGAAGCCGAGGGCCAGCAGGAAGAGGAGGGACAGCAGGCAGCACAGGAAGAGGAGGGCCAGCAGGCAGCGCAGGAAGAGGAGGGGCAGCAGGCAGCCCAGGAAGACGAGCAGGCCAGCAGCUUGGACUCCCAGAACGAAAUCAACCUGCAGACUGAGCGUCGCAAUGCCAAGCUGCGCAACCGCCGCGGCGAUCGCAUGCUGAGCCCCGUGGCCGAGCACAUUCUGAUGCAGUAGAGGGGAGCGCAGCGGAGCGGAG